AAAUGUCGCGGCUCCACUUGCCAGCUAUAAAUUCGUCCCCUCGUUGAACGCCCCUAUGUUGUGUGUUGUACCUAUGUCCUUCCUCCUCUGCCUCCUUUUUGACCAAACGAACUGGAAGCCCAAUCUCUAUACCCAUUUCCCUUAGCCACACCGACCCUAACCGCCAUGGCCAAACAACAGAAGAACCCGGAGAUCAUUGAGCUAGCGCGGACCCUUCGGGGCACUCCUUGGUGUGAGGAGUAUGAGCGAAUGAUCUCUGGCAUGCUGUACAACCCGCUUCAUCCGAAGCUCUUAGAGGCACGGCAUGCCGCCCGGCAGGUCACCUACAGGUUCAACAAUCUCGAUCCCAAUUCCGGCAACCACGAGGAGGUCGGCGAGAAGCAAGCCAAGCUCCUCGCAGAGAUCCUCGGUAGCGUUGGCGAGGGGACCUUUAUCGAGCCGCCAUUCCUCCCGGAUUAUGGAUGCAAUGUCAAGAUUGGCAAGAAUUGCUUCUUCAACUUUGGAUUGACCAUCCUCGACACAAGCCUAGUCAUUAUCGGUGACCGGGUGCAGAUGGGACCUGGUGUGAACAUUUAUGGGGCCAGCCACGAAACUAGUGUACUGUCACGGAUAAAGUUCGUCGAGUUCGGCGACGUGGUCCGGAUUGAGGACGACUGUUGGAUAGGAGGGGGUGUCACGAUUCUGCCUGGCGUCACUAUCGGGCGAGGAACCACGGUAGGUGCUAACGCGGUGGUCACCAAGAGUAUUCCACCGUAUUCGGUGGCUCUCGGCGCACCGGCAAGGGUGGUCAAGAAGAUACAAUCUGUCGAGGAGGAGCUUGCAGACGAGAACAACCCCUACCGCAACAUGCCGGAUCGGGCGUAGAUAGUUAUGAACUAAGAGCCAUGAAUCAGGGAGUUGCAACUUAGAGAGUACGUACACAAUAUGAAUUGGGAUAGCUCAAGGUAAACAUGUCCC